GUCCUCUCUGGCUUUGCGCUUCCGUGUCAGUUCUUUGUCCGUGACAGUUUGUUUGUUUUCGCUGUGCAGGACCUGUGCCAGUUCCUGUCCGUCAUUGUCCAGGUCGUAGGCUCUCAUCGCCGUUGGUGAGCCGCAGGGCAUGGUUGAUGGCGGCGCGGUCCCCGGUGGCUCAGUUCGAGCCUCAGGUCCGCAAGAGGGAGGACGUAUUCAAUGGGGAGAGGUUCGACGCCCCGGGCCUCAGCUUCUGCCUCAAGGGCAGCGGCAAUGGACCAGGCGUUGUGCCGGUGUCGCCAGGGAUGUGGCAAUGGCUGUGCCCUUGUCCUUCACAAUCUCGGUGACUCUUGCGACAUGUGCCGACCAGUCCAGCGAGAACGUGAGCUGCACUCCCAGGUCGUCGAGCGAGUUGGUGAGCGCCGCCAGGUCGUCUGCGUACGCGGCGGCACUGCAAUGGUAUUGCAGGUUUUCGCUGGGGGUCAGGCAGCCGUAGUGGUAGCCCCGUCCGCCCGCAUGGAGCCAGCGGACAAGAGGCUCCAUGAACAGAAUAAAGAGCACAGGUGAGAGUGUAUCCCCUUGCACGGUGCCUCGCUCUAUGGGAAUGGCGGAUGUGCUUCCGUGUUCGGUGCGGAUGCGGGUGGUCGCAUGUGCAUAUAGGUUGCGGACUGCGCGGAUCAGGUCCGUUGGCAGCCCAAGGUCAAACAUAAUUUGUAGUAAUCGGUCCUGGUCGAUUGUGUUAAACGCGGAGCUAUAGUCCACGUAUACCGCAUAGACAUCUUUUCCAAACAGUGCGGCAUCCUCAAGGGCAUGUACUAAAUUUAGGACCUGCCUUUCGGUGUUGCAGUAGGCACGGAAGCCUUCCUGCGCUUCACUGAAUAGCUGGAGGGGGCCAGCCAGUUCGCCAAUGCCCAAGGUAAGCAUGGACGUGUACAGCUUGUAGCAGGUAUUUGCGAGCGCAAUGGGCCGUUUGUUUUUUAUGUCCAGGGCGUCUCCAGGUUUGGGGAGUAGCACGGUCUCCGAUGCGGCCCAGGUUUCAGGUAUUUGUGACUUGACGUACAUGAUUUGCAGGAUACAGUGGAGGUUGCGCUUCAUGCCCGAUGGCAGGAUACGGAGCAGUUCGUUUGGUAUGCCGUCAGGGCCUGUCGCCUUGUUUCUGGAGAGGUGAGAAAUGCACUGCUCAAAAUUUGCCGUGUCUGCCAUGCUGGGGAGCAUGGAGUGUGUGUCAGGGUGCCGGUUGCGGUCCAGUGUGAAUUGAUCUGUUGCGUCGGCUUUCUCAAAUGGGUAGCCGCGUGUGGCGUUGCUGGGUAGUCGGAAGUCCCCAGUGCGGGUGCCGCGUGGUGGGGCGGACAGCUUUCGGAAGUGGGUUUCGAGUAUGGCGAGGAUGCUGGUGGAGUCAGUCGUCACCUCCCCAGUUUCUGGGUUCCGGACCGCUGGGAGACCCCGUUCCAUGUCUUCCUUCUGAAAGAUUCUCUUGUGCCCCUGUGCAGGGCGCGUGGCCAGGGUAUGUUGCAGCGCUGUGGCAGCGGCCUCUCGCUGGGCUUUGGCGCGGUCCGCCACUAGCUGGCGGUGCUCGGCCUGGCAGGCCUUUAUUUCGUUCCGCAGCUUUGCCGCCGCAUUGGCGGCGUCUACCUCAGGUAGGGCCUGGGGCCCUUGCGUGAGGUUUGUCAGUUGUGUCUUCAGGGCCACUUCCUUGUCCCAUAGGGGCUUUAGCACCCGUGCGGUGGAGCGUGAUGCGUGGUGUUUGCCAGUGAAGGGGGCUUUCCGGGUGCACUCUUCAAGGAGGCAUGUUAGCCCGGUGUCCAGUGCGGAGGCAAGUUGUUCUGCAAGUUGGUUGAUAUCGGCCUUCUGGAUGCUCGUGUCCUGUGCCAGGUCUCGGUGCAUGACGCUGGCGGGGUAGCCUGUGGGGUCCAUGCUGUGCCUCGUGAGUGCAUGUUCAAUUGAUUGCGUUGCCUGCCUUGUUGCGGAAUGCAGGUCGGCUGUUGCUUCCACCAAGGCUUCCUCAAGGCGGAUAGCUGCGGCGGCCAGUUGCUUUUGUGUGACGGGCAGUGCGACCUCGGCCCAUCGUUGUUGGGACUGCUGCUGGGGGGCUGGGUUCCGGGCGCCGGCCUGUGGUGCCGGCCAUAGCUGUAGGUCCGCGGCUAGUAACUCUGCGUGGACUGGUUUGUGGUCAAAGUUGCCUGCAACUGUACUGGUGUAUUCACGCGCUUCUGUGCAUGCAGCGCGCGUGGCAGGGCAUAGGAGGAUGUCAUCGAUGCGACUGUGGUAUGGGGCCAUGCCCGGGCGCGUUUGUUCAUAUGACCAUUCGGCAGUGGUAGUGGUGUCUCCGCGGAUAGGGCGCAGGCCACUAUCGGCAAGGAACCGCUGGUGGGCCCGGUCCGCCGUGUCGAUGGGGCUGUCCCGCUCAUGUGCUCGGGCGACGGCAUUAAAGUCUCCCGCGGUGACUAGGUGGUGUCCGCACGCGUCCGCCCGGCCUACCACCUGCUGACAGUAUGUGUAGAUUGCCUUGCGGGUUUGCAUGUCUUCUGGUGCGUAGAUGCCCAGUACAGUGAGAGGCGUGCUCCCGGGGGUCUUAAUUUGAACGUGUGACACAUAGCCAUGGAGUGUUGGUGGGGGCGUGUGGUGUGUGACACAGCCGAGGUCACUGUACCGGGCGGAGAUGGCCACCGCUACGCCAGCGCUACCGCGCGCUGUGGCCGCGCGGGGAGUAGUGCUACAGUAGAGGCGGUAUCCUUCAUUUCGGAAGGCUCGCUUGAUUGAGUCAGUCUUCCCUGUCAGUUUUGUCUCGGUUAGGACAACUAUGUCGGCUUUCCACUGGGCUAGGUUGCAGAGGGUGAAGCUGAGGUUGCCGGGUUGGCCGGUGGACAGAAUUUCUGAGAGCAGUCCCCGUACAUUGUGGGUCACGAUGUGUAGGGUGGUGUUGCUGCUGGGGGGUCUCAUGUUUGUGUGUGCCUGGUUGGGUUCCAUGUGGGCGUGGUUGCGUGCAGUGGGCCGUACUAGCCAGUUAAGGAUAGUUUGUCGGGUGCCUGUCGUGUUGAGUCGGGGUGCUAUGCCGGCAUUUGCAUUGUGUGGCUGCGCGGGUGCGGUAGUGUGGGGUGCUGCAUGCUGUGGCGCCCUGUGUGCUGCCCGCAGCGGUGAGUUGUCUUGGGCAUGUUGAGCUGGCUCUGGUGCCGGCCUUCCUGUGGCGGCGGGCCCUGUCUGCACGGGUCUGGUGGCCUCCAUGUGGGGUGGCGGGCGUGGUGGCGGGACGAUCUCACGGAGUUGCCCAAGUGCGUCCUGAAGUGUUGCCGUGUCAGAUGCACGCACCGCGUCAAGGCACCAGACCUCCCCAUCAAGUGUGUUCCAAGUGUUGUCGUGUAAGACCGUGUUGUG